AAGGCACGCGGGAGAAAGUGCCUAUCACACCUGGAAAACCAGCCUGGUUUGUUGCUGAAGGUGACAAUCCUGAUCAGACAAUCGCGCGGUGAGGGCACUUGUAGCGGAGAUUAUGCCCCUUUGCCGAGAGAGACUGGCGCUCGCUGCAACGCCUGUCGAGUCAGGAGCGCC